AUGAAUCGGAAACAGAUAAUUAAACAAGAAUGUCAAAAAAAAUCGAAAAUUAUUCUUAACGAAUUAAUUAAUCGAUACGACAUAAAAUAUAAACAAUUAGAAUUACAAUUAUUAAAUGCAAAUGAAGAAAUAAUUCGAUUAAAAAUUAAUAGAAAUGUACAUGAUGAAACUCUUAAAAAGGCUGUUAUACGUAGUAUUUGUGCUUUAGAUAUGGAAGCUAAGUCUGUAUUAUUUAAAAAUAGACAUAAAUUAGAUACAACAAGUAAUGAAAACCAACGACGAGAAUAUCGCAAACAAAGAAGUAUAUUUUGA